AUGGAUGCUUAUCAGCUCCGUCUCAUUUGUUCUCAACACGAUCAUAGCCGACUUUGUCAUAGUUUGGCGCUGCUGGACCGUUUGGGAAUAGAAGUGGAUAGUUGCUGUGAUGCCCUCACUGUGCAAUAUCGUCGGGAUAGGCAUGCGGUUGCACGUUCCUAUAUAUCAGCAAGCGAUGAUGCCACCACCAAGGAGCGCAUGGAGUGCAACUCGGAUCGACUGGCUCUUGCCGUACAUGUAACGGAUAAACUCGCCCAGCUCCAGUCCUAUCGGUCUUACAAGUUCAGCAGGGUCAUCUGUACAUUGAUCGAGUCGGCCGCUAUGUACGCCGUAUCCAUGACUGUCACAUUGGCAUUCUACAAACAGGGAGGUCUCGACACCAAUUUUCGUAUAUCUAUUACAUCUACCGUUACUGGAUUGGCCCCUGCACUUAUAGCUGUCCAAGUUGUAUGUGGCAGUACAAGGCCCGCGACGACAUGGCAAGAACCGCCCAGGUCAAUUCUAGAGUUCAACCACACUCUUGACCCGACUAGCACGUUCCCCACCAUGCGUCUUGACAUCCAUGAAGAUUCUGGGGCGUCAACGUCGUCGGAUGAGAGACUUACAGAGAGGGAGUCAGAUCCUGAAAAGGAAUGAGGUAAGGAUCGGGUCGGAGACGAGGUAGUUAAUGGCCAGUGGCCUAUUGUUGAAGUCGGGUUAUAGAACAGGGAUGGAGAAUGCAUUUUUAGAAUAUAAAAUUUAUUCAAUCUGUAAGCGUUUCUCCAAGCUGAAACUGUAUGUUGACCAAGGUACAUCACUUACUUGACUGUCU